CUCUCGUUUCUCCCUCCUACUUCUCCUUGGAGCAGCGGGGGGUUUCUUGCAGUGUCACCCUGUGGGUGCUCACGGUGAGCUCAUCCUCUCGCUCGUCUGCUUACAGGAACGACCAGCCGGUGGAUGAUAUAGACCAGAGGUCCUCUACCAGAGAAGAAACCAAAUGGGGAAUCUCUUAAAAGUCCUCACUUGCACAGACCUUGCACAGGGGCCAAACUUUUUCCUUGACUUUGAAAACGCCCAGCCCACAGAGGGGGAGCGCGAGGUGUGGAAGCAGGUGAACUCCGUCCUUCAGGACUCGGACAGCAUCCUGAGCGGCCUGCAGUCCUACAAGGGGGCAGGCCAGGAGAUCAGGGAUGCCAUACAGAAGCCCAACGAUGCGCUGCUGCAGGACCGGGCGUGGAACUCUGUGUGUCCGCUGGUCAAGAAGCUGAAGGUGUUCUACAGCUUCUCCCUGAGGCUAGAGGAGGCCCUGCAGAGCCUGCUGGAGUCCCUCACCUGCCCCCCUGGCUCCCCCACCCAGCACCUGGAGAGAGAGCAGGCGCUGGCCAAGCAGUUCGCCGAGAUCCUCCACUUCACGCUGCGCUUUGACGAGCUCAAGAUGAGGAGUCCGGCCAUCCAGAACGACUUCAGCUACUACAGGAGAACCAUCAGCAGGAACCGCAUCAACAACAAGAACCUGGACAUGGAGAAGGAGGUGAACAACGAGAUGGCCAAUCGGAUGUCUCUGUUCUACGCCGAGGCCACGCCCAUGCUGAAGACCCUCAGCACCGCCACCACCAACUUUGUGUCGGAGAACAAGACCCUUCCUCUGGAGAACACGACGGACUGUCUCAGCACCAUGGCCAGCGUCUGCAAGGUCAUGCUGGAGACCCCGGACUACACCAGCCGGUUCAGUCGGGAUGACACCCUGCUGUUCUGCAUGAGGGUGAUGGUGGGGGUCAUCAUCCUCUACGACCACGUGCACCCCAACGGGGCCUUCAACAAGUCCUCCAAGAUAGACAUGAAAGGCUGUAUAAAGGUGCUGAAGGACCAGCCUGCAGACUCAGUGGAAGGCCUCCUCAACGCUCUGAAGUUCACGACCAAACACCUGAACGACGAGUCCACCCCCAAGAACAUCCGCUCAAUGCUCCAGUAGCCCCGCCCCCCCCCCCCCCCGCCGCGGGUGCGUUUGUUUUUUAGUUCGCAACCAUGAAGAGGACCGAUGGCCUCCGACAAAAGAUGUAUAUGUUUACAUUAUUUAAAAGACAAAAGAUGUUGUUAAUACUCUGUGUGUGUGUGUGUGUGUGUGUGUGUGUAUGUGUGCGUGCGUGUAUUUGCCUUUGCCAUUCCUACGAAGUUACUCAGUCGCUCUGAUCAUCCGUCAUCACGUCAGCACACAUGAGAAGAAAGAAGCACACACACACAAUGCCUUGACCUGUGUUAUUAAAGCAGCAGUACCUUACCUCCAGGUGGUCCUGGAUCACCUCGUCAUUGACAGCCAUUGGGCUCCCUCUUGUGAUCGGACACAAAUGGGAGUGUUCUACCGUAUGAGUGGGGGACAUGCCCUCUCGUGAUGUCACAAGUGGGAGUGUUCUACCGUAUGAGUGGGGGACAUGCCCUCUCGUGAUGUCACAAGUGGGAGUGUUCUACCGUAUGAGUGGGGGACAUGCCCUCUUCUGAUGUCACAAGUGGGAGUGUCCUACAGUUUGAAUGGGGGACAUGCCCUCUUGUGAUGUCACAAGUGGGCGUCUCCAACAUUCUUACACUAGGACACUCACUUGUGACAACACAAGAGGGCGUGUCCAACGUUAAUAUGGCAGGACAAUUCCACGUGUGACACCAAACAUCUGUGUGAACACUUGUGGCGUCACAUGUGUAAAUGGCUCUUAAUGGCUGAUCUGUGCGCCACCUGGUGGUGGGACAGGCGGUGGUGGGACAGUGUCCACCCUCUGGACACCUGCCUGCCUUAAAUAUCAUUACUGUCGCUUAGCGCGAAACCCUUGGAGAUCGUCUGUUAAACAUGUGAACGCCACGCCUGUCAUCUGAGUGGGCCGUGUGUCGCCUCUUCUCCAGCUUACAAUCCCCUUUCUCUCGCUGGGAGAGUUGAGACACAUGACGCAGAUGUUGUAGUUAUCCUGCUGCCUUGGAAGGAGAGUUCUCGUGUUCAUCCGGCGCGAGGCCACGUGGAGCUUCACUGGAUCGGUCCGCGGGGCCGACGGCACUGUGUCUGCGCCGCACAAUAAACCAAAUGUUUCUUCUCGUCGUUGUAACCUCUGUCCUUCGGGUGAUAUUUAUGUCCUGCGUGUGUGUGUGAGGUGCUUCAUUUAGUAUCCCCUCUCGUCUCCCGGUGUUCCUCCUGUGACGGACUGUAUUAAAACAAAAGUCUUUAAAGUAGAAGCGAGAGGUAAAUCCUGCGAGGUGCUGACGGUUCUGUCCCUCGCUCUGAGCGUCUGGGGGGUCCCCGGUCCAACCAAGCCAGUCCCCCUGGGGUAAAGGACAGAGAGAGAGAGAGAGUGAACUGGGUGAGAUCCACCCAGUGAACCUCUUUCCCUCUGCUCUCUCUCCUCGCGUGUCUGGAGGUCUGUCCGAGGCGUCCUUGUCUCAAGGUUGAUUUAAUUAAUUACUUUUGGUUCCAGAACACUUUUGAACACAGUUGAAACAAAGGCCUCGUUACGUUAAGUGUUGAGAAGGGAAGUAUUUUAAGAUGACGGUUUGGUUUGGUUCCUGAAUCUGCCCUGGGCUUCUCUCAGUCAUCCGAAAUAAAAGAUUUACCCCUUUUUAUUAUUAUAGAUAGUUAACCAAAGACGCAUUUAAUCCAUGAAUCACUGGCUGUGUCACAUUUAAAUGAAAUCUGACCACGUGGUUGCAAAAGGAAUCCGAGAACCGUGUUAAAGGAGCGUAAUCUGAGCCAGGUUGGGUCUGGGUCCUUAUCCACGCUGAAUAAACCUCAACAGUGUUUUCUGAUCACAUCACCGCUGUCCAGAUUAUGUCCAACUGUGUCAUAUUGUUGAAGGUCACUGGGCUCACUGGUUCUACGUUGAUGGGAUCCGUUCGGUUACCAGUUCGUUGGAAUCUGCCGAGAAUUUGGUCCGUAAAUGUACGACUGCAGAACAACAUACUACUAUUUCUUCAAGAACUACUGGAUUUACUUUACAUAAUCGUCUGUGCAGCCUUUAAAUCAACCUUUUGAAGCAUUGUGGUUGCCAUGGCUACAGCGGUAUUCGAUACCUUGACUAAGCGAACCUGUAUUCCUAUCUGCUUUUGUGCUCUUAAAUUCAUCCUAUACCAUAUCACACACGUAUACUCAGCGCUCGUAAAUGAACUGUACUCACAUCGUUACCUACUAAUUCAUUCCAUAUCUUUGAAUAAUUCCCCUGUGUUUUAUCCCUGGUGUGAGUUUUAGAAACAUAACUGUAAGCCAUACUGGGAGGUCUGGGUGUGAUAGUGGGUGAGUGUCGUGGUCACAUGGGAAUGAAUGAUUAGCGUGCAUUUACAAACCCUGUGAUGUAUGAUACUGACAUUGUUCAUGAACUGACUUGAAGUGGGCUCUUGGUAUUUUGAUUAUAAUUCUUUUUUUUUGUUAAACCUUAUUCCAAAAUGGAUGUACACAAAGCUUUCCCUUUCUUUUCUUUUUUACCCGAAAUAUGCUACUGUGUUAUUCUGAGAUUUCAACUCUGUUUUUAACUGAAACGAUCAGUUUAUUGUCAGGUAACUGCUAUUAAUUAACAGUUAAUUGUCAGUUCAGAUCCUUGAGUUCUGACUCCAUGUUUAUAAUGAUUUGGCCUUGUAACGAAUGGGAUGUGUGGAUUGAAAAUUAAAGGUGGUACAUUUCUUAAA